GGGCUUAAGGUUGCUAAUCUCAUCAACAUGAUAAGCCUUCCUUUACUAACUCGUUUGACUACAUAGCUAUCUGCAUUUGCUGUCAUUUCUAAUUGUAAAUAUUUUGCACAACGCGCAAGUGUGCACGGAGCCUCGGACAUCAUUGACACGCCAACCAUGCCGGUCGCCGUGGCUGCCUCCGGCGACACAAACGUCGUGGAGGACCUCUACGGCAUCCUCCGUGUACUCAGCGACGGCACCGUUGUCCGGUCACCGGACCCGCCGGAGUUUUGCCCCGUCACCUUCCCCUGCGACCACCCUUCCGUGCAGUGGAAGGAGGCCGUCUACGAUAAGGGCAAGAACCUCCGCGUCCGCAUGUACAAGCCGUCGGGCGGCGGUGAGCAGGCCGGCCGGAAGCUGCCGGUGCUCGUCCACUUCCAUGGCGGGGGCUUCUGUCUCGGCUCGUGCACGUGGGGAAACUUCCACAGCUUCUGCCUCCGCCUCGCCGCGGAGGCCGGCGCCGUCGUGCUCUCCGCCGGGUACCGCCUCGCUCCGGAGCACCGCCUCCCCGCGGCCCUCGACGAUGCGGCAGGCUUCUUAGAAUGGCUCUGCGAGCAAUCCGUGAGCACCGAGGCCGAGGACGGGUGGCUCACGGAGGCGGCCGACUUUGGCCGCGUGUUCGUCACCGGCGACUCGGCGGGCGGGACCUUAGCGCACCACCUCGCCGUUAGCGCCGGGUCGGCCACGCCCAAACACGGCGAUGACGUCGACUCGAUCACGAUCAAAGGCUACAUCCUGCUCAUGCCGUUCUUCGGCGGUGUGGACCGGACGCGGUCGGAGGCGGUGGAGUUCCCGUUGGCGGAAGAGCCGUUCCUCAACCUGGCCGUGCUGGACCGAUUCUGGCGGCUCUCGCUGCCGGAGGGCGCCAGCAGGGACCACCCGAUCGCCAACCCGUUCGGGGCGGACAGCCCUGGGCUGGGCUCGGUGAAGUUCCCGCCGGUCCUCGUCGUUUCCAGCGGCACCGACUUGCUGCACGACCGCACCGUUGACUACGCGGAGCGGCUGGCCGGGAUGGGGAAGCCGGUGAAGGUCGUGGAUUUCCCCAACGACCCACACGGGUUCUUCACGCAGGACCCGUGGUCCGAGACCACCGGCGAGCUGAUCCGGCUCGUCAGCGUGUUCGUUGUCGACAGCUGCGUCGCCGUCGCGGCGCCAAAGACGGCUUGAUUCGGUACGUACAUACAUGUGCAGAGGUGCCUGUUUUGGUGUACAAGACAGUCGACAGUUGAGGCGACACGACCAGAAAGUACGUCAACGUUCGGCUCGUCUGCAUCGUCUUGCAUUAAACUAAAUGAUACCAGUCGUGUUGAUUGAGAAUCGGUUACAAUAUGUUUCAAUGAUAUUUAAGUGUGAAAUAUAAAUAUAUAGAUUAAUAUCGCGUGAAUCAAAAUUAAGAGUGUUGUAUUUUAUUAUGUAUAUAGUUGUAAAAUAUUUAUUGAAUGUAAGUAGAAUAAUAGAAUGUAAAAUAUUUUCCCAAGCAUGCAUGGUUGCAUGUGAUGGUGGAUCUUUUUUCAUGUAUGAUUGCAAGUUGAGGUGGACCUUAUCUCA